CUUUCAUAGGCUGCCCGGCGUUAUGUGCCGCCGAGAUCCGCUUAUCUGAUCGCGCUAAGAUCAGAGAAUUUCCUCAUUACUCAAUCCAUUAUUAACAGUUAACUUGUAAGUUAUGUUAUGGCUUGACCACGCCAGGAGUCACCUAUUAUAAUCUUUCUGCAACAAUGUCGACUGCAGCGCCUGCCUCCGUGGGCAUGAGGAAAAAUGGGAAGAACUGGCACGCCAGUAAAAAAGCCUUCCGACCCACUGCGGGCCUAAAGUCCUAUGCGAAACGAAUGCAAGAACGAGUCGAUUACUCAAAUAUGAAGGAGCGGGAGAAAGAACUGAGAGACGAGAAACAAGCCGACCGAGAGAAACAUAUCCAAGCCAUCAAAGACAGGAGAGCCGCCAAGGAGGAAAAGGAACGGUAUGAGAAGAUGGCGGAGAAAAUGCAUCGCAAGCGUGUGGAGAGGAGAAGGCGCAGGGAAAAGCGGAACAAGUUGCUUAAUUCUUGAGAAGUACAGAGAUAUGAAGUGCUGGGUUCAUUCAUUGUUUGGAGUUUGGGUUGCUAUUUGCUAUUUGCUAUUUCCUUUCCCUGGAAGGAUAUAUCUUAUACCCGUUUUUACGGCCUUUGAUUAUGUCGCAUGCAAUAGAACGCAUAUUCUGCACUCUAUGAACUUCCGCUUGUACUCGAAUGGAAGUGAAUGGAAGUCGAAAUAGAAAAUACUGCAUAUUGACACAUUUCACAGGAUUAAUCCAGCAUUAUCACGGUGUACUGUAUAUUCUGGCUUUCCUAUGGUACACUACACUCUCUACAUGUGUGCGUUUACUCAGCAUCUCGGCAUGUGAUCUCAACCCGCCAGCAAACCAGUGCACUCCUUCUCGUGUACUAUAUAAUAGCACAGUUGUAAAUAACCUCGUCC